AUGAGUAACCCUCAAUUGGCUGAGUGGGCAAAGGAAACCUUUGACCUUCAGAAAGCUCCUGAUGCUUCUACAAUCUCGAAGUUUUUGAAGAGAGGAGACAAGGACUUGAUAAUACAAGCCAACAUAAAGAACAGAAAGCGUGUUAGAAAGGGAAAAUGUUCUGAAAUUGAAAACGCAUCUGUUAUCUUAUUGGCUUACUAA